UGAGUCUUUAGCAAACUUCCUGCUUGAGUCAAUCCUGCUUACUAGCGUGUCCCCCGUCUCCUCUUCCUCCUCCCUCCCCCCCUGACCGUCGCCGCCGCCUUCGUUCUGACUUAAGAAGUCCCCACCGCUGCUACACAAGAGGCGAACCGCGUUUUAAAGAAAAAAAAUGUUCAUAGUUCGUCUCUUCCGCGUCGGAGAGGCGAGGUGAAAAGUGAAUUUGACGAAGACGAAGCGAGCGAGAAGGACGUGUUUGCGGCGGUUGUGGGAGGUGGGGGGAAAUGUUGGCGCCGCGUAGCCGCCGCAGCGUCUUGGACUUGGGCGAACAGACUGGCUGUAGUCGCUGAACGGCUCCCGGAGAUGGACGCCUCCUUCCAUUUGACUACACCCUUUUGAAGCACUUUGAGACGAAACUCCCAACGAGGUCUAAAAUGACAACCGGCCAGAUGUUCCUUUUGAUUUUGAUGGUUUUGGUUCCUCCCUGCGCUAGCUUGGAAGCCCAGGGCGACGCGAGGCGCUCUGAGUGCCUGUGCGACGGGUCGUCGUGCAGUGGCGGCGACCGGUGUUUGGGCCUGCAGUGCUUCACCUCCCUCUCCUUACUCAACGGGGCCUGGGAGCUUCAGAAGGGAUGCAUUGUGGGUAAUCCGGAAGGAAAGUGCGGUAUGCCGCCAACUCCCGAGCUGGUGAUGGAGUGCUGCUUGGGAGAUCUGUGCAACAUGAAUGUGUCUCUACAGCGGCACGUGAAAGAUGUGGAAGCGUCUGCCGGCAGACCGGUCCUCAGAGAGCAGGAGUGCGUGUGCGAGGGCGCCGCCGCCUGCCAGCCCCGUCGGCGCUGCGCCGGCCAACAUUGUUUUUCCUCCCUCAAGGUGACCGACGGCGCGGCCGUCCAACAGAAGGGCUGCCUGAGGGACGACGACGUGGGCCGAGCCACCUGCGCCACGCCGCCCUCGCCGGCCCACGUUGUCAAGUGCUGCCAGGGCCAUCUGUGUAACAUGAACGUCACCGUGCAAGCUCCGGGGAAAGAGGAAGUGAAGCCCCUUGUCAAAGAGAAGCACGAGUGCGUGUGUGAGGGCAGCUCAUGCGCCACGGGGAAUCGCUGCAUGGGAAGCCAGUGUUUCUCCUCCCUGACCGUCAGCGGCGGCUCUCUGAUGUACCAGAAAGGUUGCUUUAACGUCUACGAGCAGAGUACCAUGACCUGCAAGACUCCACCUUCCAGAGACCAGAUUGUGGAAUGCUGCUUCGGGCACCUGUGCAACCUGAACAGCACCGUGCAGCUUCCCGUUAAAGCCGAUGAGCUCUCCGCCUACAGCGUGACCAUGCUGGCUGUCGUCAUCGCGGCGCCCAUCCUUGUCCUGGUGGUCCUCUCGGCCAUCGCCAUCUUGGUGUUUCGACGCAUCCACCGCAACCAGAUGGAGAGACUGACCUCCCGGGAUGCCGAAUACGGGACCAUCGACGGUCUCAUUGCCUCCAACGUAGGGGAGAGCACGCUGGCGGAUCUUCUGGAUCACUCCUGCACUUCAGGAAGCGGCUCUGGCCUGCCCUUCCUGGUUCAGAGGACGGUGGCUCGACAAAUCACUCUCAACGAGUGUGUGGGUAAGGGCCGUUACGGCGAAGUGUGGCGAGGCCAGUGGCAAGGAGAGAGUGUGGCUGUGAAGAUCUUCUCGUCCCGAGACGAGAAGUCCUGGUUCCGAGAAACGGAGAUCUAUAACACUGUGCUGCUGAGACACGAGAACAUCCUGGGCUUCAUCGCCUCAGACAUGACAUCCAGGAACUCCAGCACGCAGCUGUGGCUCAUCACCCACUACCACGAGAUGGGCUCGCUGUACGACUACCUUCAGCUGAGUACCUUGGACGCGUGCAGCUGCCUCCGCAUGGCGCUCUCCAUCGCCAGCGGCCUGGCGCAUCUGCACGUGGAGAUCUUCGGCACCCAGGGCAAGCCGGCCAUCGCCCACCGGGACCUCAAGAGCAAAAACAUCCUGGUUAAAAAGAACGGCCAGUGUUGCAUCGCCGACCUUGGUCUGGCCGUCAUGCAUUUCCAAGACACCAACGAGCUGGACGUGGGCAACAACCCCAAAGUCGGAACCAAGCGCUACAUGGCCCCCGAGGUGCUGGACGACUCCAUCCAGAUGGACUGCUUUGAGUCCUACAAGAGGGUGGACAUCUGGGCCCUGGGCCUCGUUUUGUGGGAGGUUGCCCGGCGGACCGUCAGCAACGGCAUCGUAGAGGACUACAAGCCCCCUUUCCACGACGUGGUUCCCAGCGAUCCCAGUUUUGAGGAUAUGAAAAAGGUGGUCUGCGUGGACCAGCAGAGGCCCAACAUACCCAACAGAUGGUUCUCGGACCCGACUUUAAUCUCCAUGGCAAAGCUGAUGAAGGAGUGCUGGUAUCAGAACCCGUCGGCCCGCCUGACGGCGCUGCGCAUUAAAAAGACUCUGACAAAGAUCAACAGCUCCGUGGACAAAAUGAAAACAGACAUUUGAGCGUGCCCGGCGCCCAAUCGGAGGCGCUGCUGUACUUCCCGGACGAACGCGCCCUUUCAGAUGGGCCGCGUGCCCUUAUAGCGGCACGGACCCGUAUUUAUUCUAAAAUACUUGGCGGGACACAUUUUGGCAUCCAAAGAUGGCUGACCGGGGCUCUUGGGGAAUAGGAUGUUAAAUAUGAAGCAGUCACAAUGUGGGAGCUGGGUUUCGGCCAUUACCAGGGAGUUGUUGCUUUGGUUUUAUUUUUUGAUCCUCAGUUUGGAGAACAGGUUCGCAUUGAGUGACAAAGUGUUUUUUUUCUUUUUUUUUUUUCUUGGCUUUGUUUGUUAGCCUUGUUGCAAAAAAAAAAAAAAAUGCUCAUCACUCUUCCAACGUCAGCAGUCCUUUAAACAGUUGUACAGUUCUCAAGCUUAGCGUAUGACCGUGCCGAAUGAUGUACGUGCUCUCGACGUGAUCUUCCUUUUAUUUGUGUUUGAGUUCUGCACAAAAAACAAAAACACGAAAGGAACACGUUAAAAAUAUCUGCAAGGUGAUGCUAAGAUCAGCCCUCUUCUCCGCUCUUAAUGGAGGCCUGGACUGGAAGUUUGCCUUUAUACCGUCUUAACAUGUGCAUUGUCAAGAUCACGAAGUCAAACUUCAACCUUUUUUUUUUUUUUAACUUUUAUUUUGUUAACAUUUUAUAUCAGCUAGUGGUUUCUAUUAAUUAAAUAGAAAACAAGUAUA